AUGGCCGCGGCCGAGGUCCUAGCUUUCGCCGCAAGCGAUAGUUGGCAUCCGGCCCAACAUUUCACGAAGGCAACAUGGUGGGAUGGAACAACCCGAGGCAGAAGGAAUAAUCAGGUUGACGCAUUAUUACAAUGGAGACUGGGCCUCAUCUCCGAGGCGUGGAUUGAGUUGCGGAGCGCACACCAGUCCACGAGCUUGAGGAAUUGCCCGGCCAAACCGCUUAUCAUCCCGCAAUUCUGCUCGCCGAAAUGUUCGCGCGCCCGACGACAACCAGGCCCCUCUACUGAUCAUCCGGCAUCAACUGCGGAUGUACGUGACCUUACCGACACGGAUUCAGCCGCGCAACUGCGCCUCCUCGCUCCCGAGGAUCGUGACGUGCCCCCACCAAGCUCCUCAGCAGGUAGACGACAGCAGCGCGAUGACCGUGAUAUCGAUCUGCUAGCCGACCCAAACAUGGAUCUGAUAGAUUUUGAUUCAGAAGACGGCUUCCUUCAAGCCGCGGGAAAGAAGAAGAAGAAACAAACAACUUCUUUCAACUGGCUUGAGGACGAGAACGACAAGAAGGAUGGAGACGGGACUGAGGAGGGCGGCGACGGCAACAAAGACCCCAACGGUGGCGAUGCAGGCGCCGGCGACGGCGCCGGCGGAGAUGGCGGAGGAGAUGACAGCGGCAAGAAAGAAGAUGACAAGGCAGGCGCCGAUGCCGAUGCCGAUGAUAUCUGGGGUGAUUUCGCCACUGUCGGCAGCAAGAAGAAGAAAAACAAGGACAAGACCGCUGAUGCAUUUGGUCUGCCGGAGAUACCACCGACGUCUACUGACUUUCAUGAGAUCAAGUUGGACGAUUCUGGGGGAGGAACCGGGCUAGAUUUUGGUUUAGGCUCAAAAACCGAAAAACCGAAAACGGGACUCAGCGCGUGGACAUCUAGCUGGGGUGGUGGGGGCUGGGGCUGGGGAGGUCUCAGUGGCUCACAAACGGAAGCCAGCAAGCCUGCCGAAGAAGAGAAAACGGAGUACCCGGUCGACGAUAGCCCGUGGGGCAUCAAUCGCCCAAAGCCCAAGAAGAAGACAACUUCUACCUUUUCUUUCGGGGCCAUCGGCGAGGACGACGGGACUAAAGAUUCGAACAGCUUCGACUUCCUAGGAGGCAGCAAGCCAUCUGACAAGAAAGACACCGGCAAGAAGAAGAAGGGCAAGGCCGUCAUAGAUGAAUUCCCAGCAGCAGAUAUAACCCAGGAGGAAACCCCACCAGAAGCACCUGAUGCUCCUCAGUCCAGCGAGAAUGCACCAGAACCUGCUUUGACUCCGGAUGAGGAGGCCGAGCUCCUGAAGUUACAGACCAAGAAGGACAUUGGCAGCAAAUUGACCAAAAAGCAGACGGACAGGUAUAAAUUCCUCACGGACAAAGUCGAAGAAGCGUCCAAGGCAGCAGAGGCAGCGAGUGGCGAUGCUGUUGAUCUGCUUGAUGAUGCGGCGCCGGCGCCGGCGGCCGACGACCCAGCGAAUGGCUCUGAUCCUUUUGAUGCUGCACAAGCUGAGGCGGACGAAAAUGCGCGGGUCAUCCAAGAAGAGGAGGAAGAAAUGGCUCAGCUAAGGGGGAAGAAGAAGCUCAAAAAGGCCGAAAAAGACCGUUUGCGAGUUCUAGAAGACCGUGCCGAUGAGCGCUCUCGUGAGGCUGAAGAAAAAGCAGCAGCCGCCGAGAGUAACGGUCAGGAGGAGGCCGCCCCCGAAAUUGGCGAUGUGCCAGCCGAAGAUACGCCCCCAGCAGAUGAUCCCGCCCCUGAAAUCGACGCCGCGCAGGCCGAGGCAGAUGAGCAGGCCAGAAUCGUUCAGGAGGAGGAGGAAGAGAUGGCCCAGCUAAGGGCCAAAAAGAAGCUGAAAAGAGCUGACAAAGACAGGCUUCAGGAACUCGAGGACCGGGCCGAAAGUCGAGCUCGCGAGGCUGAGGAAUCAGCUGCCGCGGCACAAGCCGAAGUUGAAGCCGCCGAAGCCGCAGCCGCACAGGCUGAUGCCGAUGAAAAGGCCAGGAUCAUCCAGGAGGAAGAGGAGGAGAUGGCCCAACUUCGAGCGAAAAAGAAGUUGAAAAGCGCAGACAAGGAACGACUUCGAAUCCUCGAAGAAAAUGCGGACACGCGUGCCCGCGAGGCUCAAGCCGCAGAAACUAUCGCUCCGCCGGAAGAAACAAGUCCAGAGAGUGGCGCAGGCAGCAACGAAUCCAAGAGCGAUGAAACGGCCCCGACAACCGCAGACGAUGCUGGCAUCGACAGCGCCGCACAAGCUGAAACGGACGAGGCCGCGCGGCUCAUCGAGGAAGAAGAAAACGAACUCGAAAUGUUGUUGUCUAAGUUGAAGCUCAAGAAGGCUGAUAAGACCAGGCUUAAGGAGCUUCAAGAUAACAAGGAGAGACGCGAGCAAGAAGCUGCAGCCAAGGCAGACGUUGCAGCCGCCCCGGAUAGCAGUGAACCCCCAGUUGAUGGAACUUUGGCCCCUGCUGAAGAUGCAGCUGCUAGUGGCGAUGGUGUGGAGCCAAUUCCGAGCGAGGAGGAUGAGUUGGCCAAAAGGCUGAUCGAGGAAGAGGAGCUCGAACUCGACUUAUUGCUGUCCAAAUCCAAACUCAAAAAGAACGAAAAGGCACGCCUGAAGGUUCUUCAAGACAAUAAAGAGCAGCGAGAGUACGAAGCCGCCGCUAAAGCCGAAGCCGCGUCUGAUCCAGCUCCUGACAGUGCCGAGCCACCGACCGACGGCGCCAUUGACAGUGCCCCAGUCUUGGACGACGCUCCCGUCGACGAGACUGCGGCACAAGAAGCAUUAAUCGCUGCCGAAGAGAGCGAGCUCACGGACCUCUUGUCGAAAGCCAAGCUCAAAAAGGUAGAAAAGGCACGGCUCAAAGAACUCCAGGACCGAAAGGAUCAGCGCGAUGAGGAAGCCAAGAUGGCGGCAGAAAGGGCUGAGGAAGAAGAGCGCGUGGCCCGCGAGAAGGCUGAGCAAGACGCCCGGGAGCUCGAGGAGCAAAAGCGUCGCGAGGAAAUCGAGGCCGAGGAGGCCGAGAUAGCCUCGCUCAAGUCCAAGAAGAAGCUCAAGAGGUCUGAGAAGGAUCGGCUUUCUGAGUUGGAAUUCCGAGCUCAAGAGCGCGCAUCAGCUGAAGCCGAGAAGUUAGCCGAAGAGCUACUCAAGGAAGACGCCCAGAACGACGUCAAAGAAGAAUCUAAGGCUUCUAAAGGGUUUUCUUGGGCUGAUGACGACCCAGCCGCUGACGAAAAUGGUGCAGGCGACGACUGGAUGGAUUGGGGUCUGAGCAGCUCAAAAAAGCUGAAGAAGAAGGACAAGUCGAGCCCUCUGAUUGAGUUUGGCGGCACCAGUGACCCCAUAGCUAUCCCGGAUGCCCCGACCGCUAUCGCGGACGCAGACUCCUUCGACUUUGGCUGGGGUAAGCCGAAAAAGAAGGACGUUCAGACGCCUGCUGAUGACCUUUGGAGUUUCGGGGGCAGUUCCAAGAAGAAGUCGAAGAAUCAGCCCGUGGAGGUGGUUGAUGACCCGAUCAAGCCUGACACCUUAGGCGAGCCUAAGGACAAGAUUGGCGGAGACGACUUCUGGUCGACAUUUGGCGUUGACAAGAAGGACAAGAGUUCUCGUAAGAACGCCCUGGCCAUGGAGCCACCACCACCAGUACCUACACCUCCAAAUAUGGAUCUGACAGAAACAGAAGUCGACGUACAUGACGCCGGAGAUGGCUGGGACGACCCUAGCGGCUCUACCGAACUGAGCAGGAGCAAGUCCAAAUCGUCCGACAAAGACUCCAAAAAGGUCUCCAAGGAGCCUAAGCUCAGCAAGAAGGAGCUCGAGAAGCUGGAGAAGGAGAAGAAAAAGGCCGAGAAAGAGCAAAAAGAGCGCGAGAAGCGAGAGGCCGAGGAAGCGGCCGAGAGAGACAGGAUCGCAGAGGAAGAGCGACUCGUGGCUGAAGCCAAGGCUGAAGAAGAGAGGCUGGUACGCGAGGCUGAAGAGCUGGCCAAGCAAGAGGAAGAAGCCAAGCAAGCAGCCAUCGAUGCCAUCGCCCAGGAGGAGGCUGACCUGGCCAUCUUGCAGGCCAAGAAGGACUCGGGCAAGAAACUUACCAAAAAGGACAAGGAAAAGUUUGACAAGCUUUCUGCCAGCUGUCAGGCACGUGCGGACGAGAAAGCUGCCCAGGAGGCGGCUGAACAAGCAGCCCGAGAAGAGGAAGAAAGGCUGGCACGCGAGGCUGAAGAACUGGCCCGCCGGCAGGAGAUCGAAAAGGAGGAGGCCGAGCUCCAAGAGCUGCAAAAAAAGAAGGACUCGGGUCGAAAGCUGCUUAAGAAGGACAAGGAGAAGUACGACAUGCUACGCGCGAAUAAGAAAGCCCGAGACAAGGCUGCCGAAGAGGCCGCUGCUCCCAAAGAUGAAGCCGCGCCAGCAGGCGACCUCAAGGCGGAGGACGAUCUCGACAAGGACCUCGCCAAUCUCGACGCCAACCAGCUGGACGAACUAGACCAGUUCCUGUCCUCCCCCACAAAACCUUCAGCAAGGGCAGCGGAGGUGGACCCCUUCGACUUCUGGGGUGCGUCCAAAAAGUCGCCUAAACCCAAAAAGGGCAAGAGUCCUGGGGCUGAACCUCUUCUCGAAGCUACCACGAGCCAUCGCGCCACGGUCGAGAACUCGGCGUCCAAGGAUGUCGUGGUAGAUGCCUGGUCUGCCUGGCAGGACACGUACCCGUUGUCUCGAUCCAGGCCCGAGACACAUUUCGGAGGCGAUUUCCAUCAUCAUGACCUUGACAACGGGCCCAGCGUGCCAGCCUCUCCGCCAUCACCAACACUCAUGAAGGGCCGAAAGUCCGUGGGUGGCAAGAUUGCUGACAGAUUAAAGGCAUUUGAGGCUACCAUACCGCCGCCACCUCCAGCUCCAGUUGCUGUAGAUUUCCCCCCGCCCCCUCCACCUCCACCAGUGGAACCAGUAGCGCCACCAGCCGAGGACGGCAAAAAGAAGAAAAAGUCCAAGAGCAAGGCUGCUGAGAUUCCUGGAAGUUUUCCUGUCGAGGAGGAUGAGCAGCUUCCGGACGACAUAGUGGAGGUCAUCGACAUGUCUCCUCCCAAGAGCAAGAAGGGAAAGAAGGCAAAGUCCAAGACUGAGGACGCGAUUGCCGUCCCACCCCCGCCUCCGCCUCCGCCCGCUGUGCCAGAUGCACCUCUGUCCCCACCACCCGAGACCGCAGCCGAGCUCAAGAGAGAGGGCAAGAAGGAGCGGGCCAAGAUCAACCGCGACGGUGGCUCGAGCUGGGGCAUGUGGUCUGCGUCAACGCCAAGCAAGGAAAAGAAGCCUUCCAAGUCGAAAGCCCCCGAGGAGCCCAAACGGGAGAAGAAGUCGCGUUCACCAGAGAAGGAGGAAAGGUUGUCGGCCCCAGGCUCGUCAUCCGACAAGGCAGAGCGCAGCGAGCGCGUCAAGGACAUGGCCAAGGAGACCCCAGUGCGGCCCAAGCUCAUGAGCGUAUUCAAUAGCACACCCCCGAUUUCUCGCUCCAUGUCAACGCGCGAAAAACGCCACAAGGAGGGCAAGUCGUCACGUCGCAGCUCGUUCGACACGCCAAGCGGGAUUGUUUCACCACCACCCGAGGACGAGGUGCCGACAAUGAGCUCCAAGGCUGCUAAAAUUCUCGGCGUGGGUAUCGGCGACGCUCUCGGCAGGUCCAGCAGUAAGCGCAAGAAGAGCUCGAAACCAUUUGAAGAGGAUGACAUCGUCAUGGUUGGGGCCAACGAUGCUGCGGAGCCAAGUCCCGAAAAAUCCUCGCGCCGGAGGCACAAGCAGUACCCACGUGAUGAUGACGACAUUGUCAUGGUCGACGUAGCCGACGCAACCCCGCCACCAGGCCUUCGACGGUCAAACACCAGCGGAUCUACCAAGAAAGGCUUUGGAGGCUUGUUUGGCGGGAUGCUGUCGACCCCCAAAACUGAUCCAAGACCCGAGCCUCGUCGACGGAACACGCAUCAUGGCACGGAUAUUGAGGACGGAGCCGCAGCGACAGAUGUCGAUGCGGAGGCGAAGAAGGCUGCUCGUCGCUUACGCAGGGCCGAGAGAGAAGCCGCUGAGAAGGAGGAAGAGGACUCUCGCCGCGCCAAGGAUGAAGCCCGCCGCGAGAAGCGUCGAAAACAGGAGGAAGAAGAGCAUGAAGCGCGGCGUGCUGAGCGACGCGCGGCCAAGUUGCGUCAAGAGGAGGAGCGUAAGGCCGCUGAGGAUAAGGAAGCUGCCCGGGAGGAGCGCCGGAGGCAGAAGCGACUGGAGCGUCAACAAGAGCGAGAAGCUACUGCGGCCAAUGGCGAGACUACUGUCGAAGACGAUGAAGCCAGACGGGCUGCACGACGAGAAAGACGCAAGGGCCGUGCGGCCGAGAGCGAUCGUGAGCAGGAGCGACGGCAUCCCGAUGAGGAUGAGGAGCGUCGCCGGCGACGGGCUGAGCGGCGCGCUGCUCGUGAGUCGGCCGAGGGCAAGUCGUCAUCGCGGCGACGUGCCGAACGCGCUGAUGACGGCUUUGGUCGCCCGUCCAAGAUAUCACGUCGGCACACUGACGGCUUGGACAAGUCAUUCAAAAAGUCAGAAUCAAAUCCCAACCCGUGGCCACAUUCGGGGACGUCAAGCUGGGUCAAGGACCACAGUGACGCGGGCCCACCGCCCGAAGACGGAGUGCCCCCUAUCGAAGCCAUGGAGGACAUGGAUGAUGCCGCAGCGCGCCACGAACGAAGGAGGCGGAGAAAGUACGGCGAUGGUGUCGUUGAUGUAGAGGUCGGCGACGAGGAUGGAGAGCGCAGGCGUAGGAAGAGGAGGGAAGAGAGAGCAGGAGGGAGCGACGGCAGCGGGGAGAGGAAGAGGCAUAGCAUAAUUGGCGACGCGUACGCCACCGCGACCCCCAGGAGCAGCGCAAGCAGCUGGUGGAAGAAGCUGAAGGGCACAUAA